AUGAAGACAAUCCUUCUCGUGCUAGCCUUGAUCCAAGUCACGGUGGCUCUGGAGUGUGUCGAUGCUUUGAAAGAUAGUCCUCAGCUUGAUGGUUCCGAGCGAUCGUCCACCUGCCUAUGUGGCGACUACUGCGUAUCGUAUUACUACCAACCAGAGAACCUAUACGUAUGGACUUGCGGCUGUUUGAUUCCCGGGUCUGAAGCGUCGGUGAACUUAUGCAAGCACGAGGGCUUCAACAAAAUGAAGACAAUCCUUCUCGUGCUAGCCUUGAUCCAAGUCACGGUGGCUCUGCGGUGUGUCGACGCUUUGAAAGAUAGUCCUCAGCUUGAUGGUUCCGAGCGAUCGAAGACCUGCCUAUGUGGCGACUACUGCGUAUCGUAUUACUACCAAUCAGAGAACAAAUACGCCUGGGAUUGCGGCUGUUUGAUGAUCGACUUUGCAGAGUCGUUGAACCUUUGCGGGCACGAGGGCAUCAACAUCUUUGGGGACGUCCGACCUCACUGCUGCAUGAAAAUCAACAACGAUCUAUUUAAAGUAUUCAAGCAAAAGAUGAAGACGAUCCUUGUCGUGUUCGCCUUGAUCCAAACAGUACACAACUUGAUGGUUCCGAGCGAUCGAAUACCUGCCUAUGUGGCGACUACUGCGUAUCGUAUUACUACCAAGAAAAGCAGAAAUACGCCUGGAGUUGCGGCUGUUUGCUUGAUCCCGGAUCUGUAUCGGAGCUGGACAGUUGCACGCACGAUGGCA